GUUCCUGGUGAUGUAAGUUUUGCUGGUUUAUUCACUUUAAACUCCUCCACAAGUUCCAGCGAAUGUAAUGGUAAAGUCUCAUCUUCGUCUGUUAUGGAACUGGAAGCAGUGAAAUGGGCAAUACAACGACUGAAUGACAACAAUUACAUUCCCGGAGUCAAAUUAGGAUUGAUUGCGUACCCUACAUGUCAAUCAGAACAGCUGGCCGGGUACAGAGCAAUGGAGAUCGCUACAGCAAUUAAAGAGAAAUCACAAAAUAUCCUAGGCAUCAUUGGUGCAACAAGGAGUUCUGAAUCGGAAUCCGUGGCUACUAUUCUGUCCAGACUUCCUGUCGCAAUCUCGCCCCCGAUGAUGUCAUAUUCCUCCACCUCCGUGUCUUUGAGUGAUAAAACCAGAUUUCCGAAUUUCUUCAGGACGAUUUAUUCAGAUCAUAUACAAAUAGAGGUAAUGACGUCACUGCUGUUGGAAUUACAAUGGAAUUAUGUAUCGAUUGUUCACGAAAACAACGCAUACGGCCUUCAUGGCGCAGAAACAUUGCAAGUGGUUUUGGAAAAACACGGAAUAUGCAUCCGCACAAUAAAUGGAUUUAACACAACGUAUGGGGUUGAAUUAUCUCUACUUAAUCAGAUCAUUAAAAACAUCACUUCACCGGCAGAUGGCGCAGUCAGUGGAAUACUGUUUUUUGGUGGUCAAAUUUCCGCCGAAAAAUUUUUGACGGCCCUUGCAGACAUGAAGCUUGGUGGAGAUACGCCAUCAGUAAUUUUUUCAGAAGGUGCCGGAACCUCAAAUAUUGUGUUUAAUGAUAGAACUUUACCAGCAUCUAGAGGAAACCUUGUUGUGAGUCCUACAUACCAACCAGUGGAAGAAUUCCUGACGCACUGGAAAAAUAUUUUUCAAAACAAGACAUUCCUGGCUCAAGAGAAGAUAACGAAUCCUUGGCUUGAGGACGUAUUAAGAGAAAUUAAAACUUGUGGUAACUGCGAGUUUCCCACGGCAGAAGAUAUCAAUAAUGCCGCAUCAAACAAUAUCUACGUAAAAUUUGCUCUAGAAACUGUUUGCAUGUUUGCGAAAGUUUUAAAAGAUUCUCGACAAUUAUUGUGUUCUAACGAAAAUUGCAGUUCCCUUCAGGCCAAUGCCAUGAAUAUUUUUUCAAAUUCUUUAAAAUCUGUCGACGUGAACGUGUCUGUCGAGUUUUCAACAAUUCUUCCUACAAAUAGUCGAUUAAAAUUUGACAAAAAUGGUGAUAUUGACUCCAAUAUAAAGAGAACCGAGUUGUCGGUAUAUAACCACCGAAAAUGUGUUGCAGACAAUUCAAAAUUUUGUUUUGUCCAGGUGGCGAAUUACUUUGACGAUAAAAUUUCUAUAAAUAGAACUUUACUGAAGGAUUACGACCAAAGAGGUAUCGAGAGAAGCUUCCACAAAGCCCAGUGUAAACAAGGCGACAUCUGUACGUCCUGUAUUGGAAACCACGAACACUUAUACUACAAACCCGGAGACCUGAUCAUUGUUGCGGCAUUCCCUAUCCAUAACGUCGGCACUGAACCCUUACGGUGCGGAGGAUUGCGGAGUAAUACGGGUCUUGACGUAGCUUUGGCCAUAGAACACGCCGUGGAAACGAUUAAUAAAGAUUCAACAAUUUUCAGUGAUACUUCAAUCGGUUUCAUAAUUUUAGAUACUUGUAACGACCCUUUAAUCAUUCAGCAACGAGUAUUACAUCUAUUUCGGAAAGAUGGAUAUCGAAGACUUCCGCCGGAUAUCGCAGAUAGGAUUCUUGGUUAUGUUGGAUCGUUAGGGAGUACACCGACUAUUGCAAUGGUCUCUGUCACAAAGAAGCUUGAAGGAAAGCCCCAGGUUGGAUGUUGUUCAACGUCUCCAUUGCUUUCCAACAAAGAACGAUAUCCAAAUUUUGUACGAGUUUCAACGCCACUUGAUAGGACAGCAGAUACGAUGGUUCAAGUAGCCAAAAAACUAAAUGCAAGGUACAUUCAAAUCAUAUAUAGCUCCGGAUCCUAUGGUGAAGGUGGAAAAAAUGCCAUCAUAUCCAGUGCGAAGAAGUAUGGUGUCUGUGUAGCAAACUCAAUUGAAGUGCCAGAAAAAUCUAACUAUAACACAGUUCUAGACAAACUUAGAGUUAAACCCUCGGCCAAAGUGGUUUUGACUUUUCUUCGAUCUCACGUUGGGCCACAUGUUAUGCAGGUUACGGCGAACAAGAUGCAAGCAGAGGGUGAGUUUUACUUCAUAGCAUCAGAAACUCUUGGCACGCGUACACAGUAUCUCAUUCCGAGAUUGAGAGGGACUGUAUCUGUUGCGCAGGUGAUGCCACAAGAUACCUCCUAUUUGCAAUAUUUGAGAACCAAGUCGCCAAAACCAACAGACGACAAUUCUUGGCUUCUUGAUAUUAUUCAAAGUCGCCAACGAUGCUACUUUCCGUGGAGCUUUAAUAAAACUGAUGCUCUAACUCGGCAAUGUGGUUCAAGUGACCAUAUUUUUAAUAACGCUAGCCUUUUGGUUGACCCAUGGGCACCAUACCUUUUAAAUGCUGCUUUAGCCUUACUGAAGGGUUCCGAUAGUGCAUUGCGCGAUAUAUGCCAAACAACGAAAACAAUUUGUUCUGGAUAUUCUAAUACAAACAAGGUUCUGCAACACAUAAAAAAUGUCAACCUUGAUCUCAAUCAAAACGGUUCAUCAGUUCCAGUUUUUGAUGAAAACGGAAAUGGGAUAUACGGUCAUACAAUAUAUGCCAUCGUAUCUGAAGAAGGAAAAUUGACUUUCAAAAUGAUAGGACACUGGUCACAGUCAGCCGGUUUAACUUUUGGUUAUGAAGACGAAAUUUUCCCGGGUUAUUCUGGUCAGACAGAGUGUCCAAAUCCACAGGACUGUAAAUUCUGCAACAGUUUGCUGCAGACAGAUGGAACUGGAAGUGAUGUCGGUGCAGUGACGUCAUCUGAACUGUCAUCAACGGCAAAUAUCUCUCUGACUGUAGCUGUAUCGGUCACAAGUUUUCUUGCUAUUGUAUUCAUCGGUAUCUUUUGUUACCAGUGCUAUCAAAAACGUCAAGCAGCAGCAGAUCCUUAUAUUACACCUAGUGGCAUGGCGGGGAUCGGAAAUGAGUGUUAUUUGGAGGUCCACGACAUGGAAAGAUCUAACUCAAAUAACGAGAUAGAUUGUACGGGAUAUAAAUUUUACCAAUAAACUUGAUUGAUUGUUUCAGAUUUUAUAUAUACCGAAAAUCGAUUCCUUAUUAUGUUCUACAUAUGUAGCUUUUGAAUACCUAAUUUUUUUUUCCAUUUUAUUUUGAACAACCCAAUGCUAAAAAUACGUCAUGCAUAAAUUGCAUCAUUUUUUUUCAUGUAUGGCCA